CUCUGACCAAUCGGUGUGGACCUGGUGCCGGCAGCGGAGCUGGGCGUUCUGGAAGAGUCUGAACGCAUGCGCAGUACGGCAAUCGACAAGGGCAAAGGGAGAGCUGGUUGGGUAAUGUAUGACUUUCUGCUUGUGUAAAAGAGCUAAUUAAUACAGACAAUUCAAUAAAUUAUAUUAAAAAAAAAAUAACAGCACAGUAGGGGAGUGAAGAAUGUGACGUUGGAAAAAAUUACAGUGAUUGGCGUUUUUCAAGAGGCGACUCAACCUUCUCUGCAGGUUUUUUUCAAAGGGAGCAGGAGGAAGAGUGAUAUUGAAUUUCACUGACGUCAGCUACCCUGUGGAAUACGGGAGCCAAUCAGAUUGCUGCUUGUUGCCAGGGUGAUGAUUGUGUGAGUUUCUUUAUUUGAGCUCGGGGAGAGAUGGCCGGGGAAGCCUGUACUGUCCCACUCUGUCCUUCAAGAUCAGUGUAGCUACACCUCGAGAUCCUUUGAACAGUCUUUGUGGAAAUAGUACCACUGCGCCCCUCCUGGGGUCUCCUAACACAGAGCUCUCGGGGCGGCUGGCUCUCGUCUCCGGUGAAUGGCACUGCCGCUGUACCGACAGGGCGUGGCUGUCCGAGGCUGGGCUGGCACGCUGGGAGGAGUCAGUGGCAGAUUUGGUAGGCAGACCAGCUACUGCAUCAAAGGAAGACAGGGAGGCCUUCACUGUCAAUGGAAACCAAAGGAGAAACCGGAUUGGUGCACUUGUGGCACUGUCCGUCCAAUCAGCAGCUUGCCCGGCUCUCUAUCCCCACCCACUUGUCUGCGCUACCAGACCACCAGCCAAUUAGGGCUGGAGUCUGUCCUGCGAGCGACCAAACGUCAGUCACCGCCCGUGGAGCACAGUCAGAUCAGUCUUCCGCACCUCCUCCACUGCAGACAGGGGGCGAUGCAGGGAGAAGUGCGGGUCCGCUCCCUCAUCUACAUCCCAGAUGACAAGAUCAGCCUCUGCUUGCUGGUGGGCAGCCAGGGACACAAGACCCUGGUGGAGGUGCCUUACUCUGGGCUCGACCGUCUAGAUGAGCUCCUGGCACAGCAGGUCUCUGAAUAUAAACAGGACGAGGUUCUCCUCUCCCAGCUGGUUGACUCUGUCACGACAGUGGACGGCUGCAGGGAGGACGACAUCAUGGUAGAGUCGCCCAGUCCCGGUGCACCCUGGGAAGGCUCGGCCCAGUCCUUUGACAUGAACGAGAGCCACCUGGACUCCUUCCGCAGCCUGUUUGACAGCCAGUGGUGUAGGAUGCCCUUCCAUGCUGGGUUUCAGUACCCAGACUCGCUGCCCACGCGCGGAGGGGGGUUGGUGGUGUUUGAGAAGAGCCAGGUUCUGAGAGGAGGGCAGUCCGAGAAGAGCGAUAGGAACAUGGAGCAGCACCUAGCUAACAUGCAUGACAAGCUGCGCAGGGAGUUACCCAACUUCUUUCUGAAGAACCAUGACUACAAUAUAUAUUCCAAGGAUGUGGAGUUUAUCAAUGAGUUUUUGCACAUGAAGACCAAAGGCCGGGGGAUGUACCAGGCAGCCCUGACGCUGUGUCGCUUCCUUGCCUGGAACUACUUUGCAGAUAUUCAGAUGGAGGUUCUGAAGCUGACCCAGCACCCUGAGAGCUGGAGCGUACAGGCACGAUGGCGGGUCCGCGGGCUGCCUCUGCACGUCCUGCUACUGCGCUUCUACAGGAGGGACAAGAGCGACCUCUACAGGACCUACGAUGCCUUCUCUACAUUUUACCUGGGAUCGGAUGGACUCAUUCACUGUCACAAGGUAGACAAGAUGAUGCCCGCACAGCCCCCUGCCCAGAAGAUAAAGGGACUGCUGGUCCGUGCGCUCGUGGCAUUGGGCAUGCAAGAGCACCAACCCGCUCUUAACCUGCUGCUCAUACAGCUGGCACUGAAACUGGGGCAGCGGCACUGCUGAAGGACUGGCAGAGAAAAGACGUUGAGCCCACACAUUGAGAUGUUCUGUACAGAGAAGCGUGGCAGACUGAUUCCAGUGGUGGAGAUGUACAGUUGGGUUUUAGUUUGGCGCUGGACUUUGCAAUACCGAAUUGAAGGAUGACAUUUGGCAAAAAACUCUGCAUGCUGCAAAAUGCGGUGCCUAGGGCUGAUUCAUUAGCACUCCCCUGUUUUCACCAAUGAGACCUGCUCAGGCUAUGAGGGAAGUUUAGUGAUCAGAACCUAGUCCCACCCACCCCAGAUUAGUGCCAUUUACAUCACAAAACUAAACAUUUUACAGUUUUGCGCAAUGGGAGUCUUUGCAUGAAGCAGAGCAUUGGCUGGCUGACAGACAGAGGGUGUUCAGCUCAGGAUUGAGGUGUGCUUGCGCACAGAGCUGCACGAGGAAAGCUCUCAUUGCACCUGCCAGCCCCAAGCCUGACUCAUUUGAGCGCUACGUUUAAAAUGAAAAAAUGCUGCAUUCGGUUUUCAGUUUGCUAUCAGAAUUGGAACCCUAUCUUGAGAUGCAUGGCGCCGUACCAAUCAGGGCACGAACACUUGAACAGGUGGGUUUGGGACUCAAAAAGGUUUCAGGGGGCCACUUCUCUAGACUCGGCUCUUGUUUUUUUUUUUUUGUUUCUUAUACAUCUCAAGCUUGGCUGUGCAAUCACAAUAAUUGGCGUUUUACAGAAGAGUAAAAUUAAAGAUCUUGGUGUAUUUUUAAUGAUAUGAUUAGUAAUUUGCUUUUUGCACUUACAGUGUGACGGGAGACCCAAGUACCUCAAAGAGAGUUUGCUAGAAAAUGUUCGACAGCCGCUAAUCACUCUUAUGAUCCACCGUUGGUUGUCCAAUUUUCAUUGCUCUGUGUUUUUUUGUUUUGGCUUCACCCACCACCCUUGCAAGUGUUACAUUGUAUAACCACCCUUUGUAUGCAGCUCCAGAGCUGCACAACACGCCUACAGCUACAGCCAAAAGUGUUGCAUCACCUCAAAUUCGGGGGGUUGAGACAUAAUUCAAAAUAAAAACAUACAACUUUAUGAACAUCAUUUCGAUAUUUUAUUUAACAUCAUGUAAUCAAAGAAACAACAAAAUGAUAUCGCAAAUAAAGUCUACCGGAAAAAUAGUAGUACUGUUAGAUUUCAAAAUGUCACAUUUUUCAAUUUGUCAUUUUUUUCAAUAAGUAUAUGGAAAACUACAACACACUAUGUCAUUCAAUAUGUUACCGUAACAUUAUUCAGCAGGUUUCAUUCGACGUUAUGAAUCAAAAUUGGUUAAUUCUAUAGGGUGAUGCUAAACUUUCGGCCAUAGCUGUAGAUCUAGGACCACCUUCAUAAAACUCCAUUUAGUUCAUCUAGAGCCUUUAUGAAGUAUACCUGCUUAUUAAGAGGACAGUUUGCCUCGAGGAAAGGUAGCAUCGCAGAGAAUAAAAGCAGCCCAACGAAGCACUUUCACAGGGACGCAAACGCCUGUGGACUGAGCGCUAGCAAGAACAUUGUAACUGCAAAGCUGGCAUUGUUGUUACUUGCAAUGCUCUUGGUCUCGGCCGUGCGAGAUGACAUCCUUCAGUCGGUCAGCGAUGUUGUGUUUGUUUUUCACAUUAGCAUUCAAAACCGAUUUGAAAUCUUGUUUCUCUGAAGUCGUUUUUUUUUUUUUUUCUUAAAAAGGAAUAUUUUAGUUCCCGGGAUCCAAAAUGCCACUUCAAGAAGAAAGUUUGCAUAAAAUGAAUGCUGUUUCCAUUUGUUAAUGUGAUAGGUACACGGUAAUGAAUGCAAAAAAGACAAUUCAUUAAUUUAUUAAUAUGUCUUGCGGUGACUGUCGUGUUAGGCAUCAUGUGUGUGCAAGUGCUUAACCACUCUGCUUAGUAAGCACUUAACUUACUAAUCUGGACACCAAGGCAGCCUCGCUAUCUCUUUCUAAUAUCUGACUUGUACAAUGGCUGCUGUAACGUUUACAUUUCCUAAAAUAUACCUAAGAGCUCGUCUAUAGUAAAGGUGUGUAUUCCAUCUAUAUGUAAGGCUUUAGAUUUUCAUAAAGCUCACCUUUAUAUGUCCACAUGUGUCAAACUAUACUCAAAAGAAAUGUCUGCUUUGUCAAGGUAAUUCAUUAUUUUGUGUCUUAAACAUAUUAAACACACCUGCUGUGUUUAUAAAAUACAUCAUUUAAUACAUGUGUUUUCCUAGGAAUAUAGCAUAUGAAAUAAGAUAAACAGAUGGGUCCUUGACUUUAGAUUUUGGUUGUCAGCGUAGAGAGUUUUUUCUAUGCUUUGCCGCAGGAAAAAGAAAAAGCAACUUUAUAUUGUUCUGUUCAAAUCUUUGUGUAAUCAUAACUGAAAAGCAUUCAAAUAUUCAUCUAUCCGGACAGAAAACCCUUUGAGAAACAGUAGCUUGUGGAUAUUAAAAAAACCCAAAAAACCAUUUGUCUGCACUGUUUCCUGCUUGUUUACAAAUAACUGUAUACUAAUAAAUUAUAUUGCAAUAAAGAUCAUAGUAUGCAUUUAGAAUGCUG